AUGCUCGGCCGGCUCUUGCACUUGGGCUCUGGCGGCCCUUCAGCCACGCCUACACAGGCCAGUACAAAGACGUCGAGGCCAGUAUCCUCCCUCGAUUCUGCCCAGGAGGAUAUGGUGACUCGAAAUCUGCUUUUCCCAGACGCCGAUGCUUUAUAUCAGCAUCGCAAUGAUCAAGUGUUCCCCCUAUCAACCACACCAACAACCCCUGCCACCUCUACGGCCAAUGCCUUUGACUACAGCGGCGAUGUCGACUUGGACGUACGUGAUGUUAGGGUCAUCAUAAUGCAGGACGCCCUAGGACCUUCUAAUGCAACUCUUUUGUUUGACAGCCACCCUGCUCCUCCAGUAUCGCCCACGGAGCGUCCGCCUAUCCCUCCAGAGUUUCGAAGAACGCCAACUUCACCGCGAAAAAGCAGUCUUGGAGGCCUAUCACGACCCCUGGUUAUCCAACCGGAAGGACCUCAGCCUUCGCCUCGACAGGGUGCUUUUGAUCGACGAGCCUCCCUCCAGGGGCGCAGGGAUAGUCACGUCGAGUCAGAUGGACAGAAGGCUGCUCGUGAGUAUCGCGAGGAACUGGCGACGUUCUCAAGUUGCAUCUUCGGUAACUCAGAAUUAAUGUCGUACAAGGGAACAUCGACCAAGGUCCAUGUUGUCCCUGGCGAGUCACGUCCUGCUGAACCUUCAAGUAGCAUUGUUGGGGAUGGCCGGAGCUCCAUCGGACGCUCUAGCGCGCGUUCAAGUCGGCUAUCACAGUCCUUCUCCUCACAAGCAUUCUCCCCUACAAAUAUGUCCGCAGCCCAAAAUCACACCUCUACCUCACGACCUGCCGAGAAGAAGAAGGUGCUAAUAACUCGCUUGUUUCCUGUCAAUCUUACUAUUGAUGACCCAGAAACCAACGUAUCGCCCUCUAAAGAUGAUGCAGAAGAGAAUGCAGGCUUCCCCUUUCCAACGACGAGCGAGGAGUCUGUGCCGAAGAAGAAGAAGCCUCAGCCGAAGCAACGACGAACACCGAUGUAUGCCGUGGUCCUAGUCGUCCAACUACCUGCUGCAAAUAACACCACAACUCGAAUGUCACCUAUGAAUCAGUCCAAAUCCGCGCAGCGCGAAUCAAGCUCUUAUAACGAUCAAGAGUUUUUCCCAUCAUCUUUCAGCUCAGCUCGUCCUUCAGGAUGGACAAUGGUUGGGUCCGGAAACGGUGAUGGGUCAGACACUUAUACACUAGACAUGGAGGAUAGAAUCGACUCACUGAUUCGGCAUUGGGAUAUCAUUAUGAGGACGUUGACUCAUCUUCAAUCUGUGGUGGCUACUACGCUGGCCACGUUACUAAAGCAGGUCGACCUGGCUUCUCCCGGUCCAGCCCCUGGACCGGUUCCACCUCUAGUAGUAACUAACAAAACUGGCAGAGCACAUUCCUUCUCAGACCAGUACCGGGGUGACAUGUCUCGGAUUAAGCCUUCGAAGGGCACCACCAAGCUGGUUUACCUUUGGCCAAACUGUCUCACUGAUGAUAAGACUGUUAUACGAGAAGUCGAUACCGCUCGACAAAGAAUUGUCAUGGGUUUGAGCGCAGCAAGAGUCGUAACUGGCCAAGGCCGUUGGGGAAUCUGGCGUGAUGAGGCUCGAUGGGCCUCCAAGUGGGUUGCUGGCACCGACAAUCAGAACCAGUUUCUCUACAAUCUCCUGACAGGGUUUCUGUCAACCCACACAGACUGGCUGCAGGCUCUUUGCCCUCCCUCUUAUCGAAGACGGCUGUAUCUUCAGCAGAAGAACAGAAAUGAGGAGGACCUGUCAUUGCCGGCACGAACCAUUAUCGUGUCUGAUGACAAAAUGGUUGCUAGGCGCCUCAUCUUUCUUCUUUCUGCCUUUCUUCCUGCCAAUUCUCAUUUUCCCACGACCCGUGCUCAUCGGCCUAGCACUUCAACUUCUGUUGGAACUUACUCUAACUCGCCCCCGACCUUCGUAAUUCCUGUUCUACGGGAAGAGUCUCUUCGUCGAAAGAUCAACAGACGCACAGGCCUUCGCCGAGCCUCGCAUUCUAGAACAACGAGCCAAAGCGCGAGGGCCUCAGCUGUCCCCAUGCAACUCGCUCAUCUGACUAUGGAUCGCAAUCAUGAAAGGCGAGUCUCGGAUGCAGCUUCAAUCCGACCCCCAAAUUUCGCUAUGUUUGGCAACGACGUUGUUAGCAGGAAGAGUAGUGCUGCGACAACUACAACAAUUAUGCCCGAGACGACUAUACCACAUUUCUCGACAGCUCAGAGAGUGGAAUCUCAGAGAAGGCCUCGCCCGAGCAGCAGCGGCAGUGUCGCUACUGACGACUUGAAGCGCUCCUUAAAGCGAGGUGAAAGCACAGGCGCGCUGAGCAAUGCCAGUAGCGACUCUAGAAGUCAAAGUUCGCGCUGGGGGAGCGUCAUCGGCGCCCUGUGGAACAAUCGACGCCGCGACUCAGCCUCGUUCAGCACAUAUGGUGGGUAUGAUCCAAAAUCACCCACCAAGGCUUCGUUUCAUAGAGCGGAUAAGCUGUCUCAAAUGGUGGAAGAAACAUCUCUAGCAGAUAACACUAGCGUUCCUUCACCAUCGGACCGCCGGCCUUCUACUGAUGCUCUGAAAGGGACUGGUACACCAAGAGAAUGCAAAGGUCACAGUCGAGAGCCAUCUAUUCGCCCUGACAGGACACCGGACCCUAACGGCGCAUUCGAGUCCCCUGUUAAAACAUCUAUCAAUGCCGAUGAUGGCGUCAUUGACGUAGAUAUCUCCUUUCCUGAUUAUAUGACGUCAUUUGAGUCUGCUAUCAGCUCGCCUUCAAGUAGUGGCUACUUGUCUACCCCUGGACUCCAAAGCGGACUAGAGUCAUUUGAACAGGCCUCACGUUUGUGCAUCGAUGGCGAUCUCCCACUUAACGCUGCUGGCUGGUUGAACCGUUAUCAUCCUGAUUUUGCUCUUCAAGCUAUUCCUCCCCAGGAGGAUCUGAUGGUGCAAAUCAAGGCAUCUCUCCAGGCUGAGCCCACGCCUCCGCCAGCCCACCCCAUCUUGGGCGACCUAAAUGAACGCUGGGUUGAUAUUAGCAGCGUUAUGAUUGCUGAUACCACCACCAACUCGAUCACUCGUCUGCGGUACCGUCGGCUAGUCAAACCACGAUCGCCAGCUGACCACCGACCUCUCACUGGCCCACCUGGUCUGUCGACCUCUUACGGUGGGCUACUUACUCCCUCGAUUCUCCCUUACGAGACUCAACUUGAGGAAGAAUGGAUCGAGGAGCCUGUCUUGCAUCCUGAUGAAACCCUGACUGAUGCCGUCGAAAGAGUCAUCAGCUUGAGCCAAGACACCAGCAAAGAUCAUUCUUUGGCUUCCUCUCAAACACAUAGCGAUACCCGCAUGAGUACCGAGGUUGAAGAACCUCUAUCUUUAACCGCUCCCGUCACGCCAGCACUGCCUCAGGCACCCUUGGAGAUCCCUCGUGUCCAAUGCAAGACCGUUGUCCUCUCUGCUCUCGAAGACAGUAUUCGCGAAGUUAUUGACAUUCGCGAGAAGCGGCACCUAGAGACCAACCAUGCUAGAAAUGGCCGAUCGCGAAGCCCACUUCACGAUGCCAUUGGCUUGUGGCUUGACAAUCUCGAUAUCAACGAUGGAUGA